GAAAGAUCAUUCAUUUCCCCUCAACAGAGGAAAUUUAUUUAUCCAAUAUUAGAACAAAAAACAUAACUCAGGCCAUGGCUUUAAAGCGGAUUCAGAAGGAAUUAACUGAUUUAGGAAGAGAUCCUCCAGCACAAUGUUCUGCAGGUCCAGUUGGAGAUGACUUAUUUCAUUGGCAAGCAACUAUAAUGGGACCGAGUGAUAGUCCGUAUCAGGGUGGUGUUUUUUUCUUAACGAUACAUUUUCCAACAGACUAUCCUUUUAAACCACCAAAGGUUGCAUUCACCACAAGAAUAUAUCAUCCCAACAUAAACAGUAAUGGUAGUAUUUGUCUGGACAUACUUCGUAGUCAAUGGUCACCUGCUCUAACUAUUUCUAAAGUUCUCCUAUCAAUUUGUUCGUUAUUAACAGAUCCAAAUCCAGAUGACCCUUUAGUUCCAGAAAUUGCUCGUAUUUAUAAAAAUGAUAAGGAUAAAUACCAAAAAACUGCGAGGGAAUGGACAAACAAAUACGCAAUGUGACCUCUAACAAUUUUUUUCCUUGAUUACUCUUGUAUUUGACACAUUGGACUUGGAGGAUUGCUUUGCACAAAUGAAAUAGAUUUCAAAUCACCUUGCUACUGCAUUCUUUUAAAGACUUUCAAGAAUGCAGUAUUACGGAACUCUAUUUUUAAAAGAAAUUCAAACUUGUAUUUGUCCUUUUUUGUUGAGCAAAAAAAAACACUAAGGUUUGUUUUUUGUUUUGGGUGAAAAUAUCAGUUUGUUGGUAAUGAGUUUUUGUAAAUUAUGAAGUUUUAUUUUGUUCUUUUUCUUUUAUGUAAUAUUCAAAUAUUAAUUUAUCAAUUUCUUAAUUUGAUAAAGGAUGUCACUAUAAUAAUUAGAUUCAAAAUUUCAGACAAAACAAGAUGCCAUUGUGAAUUAAUGGAAUAUGGUCAUCUAAAUAUGUGCUACUCCAGCUGAUAAAGCUGUAUUUUAGCCAGCCAUUUCACUUCUCAGAAUCAAAAGCUGAUGUUUGACUCUCCUACAAUUGUUCUGGAUAGUUGAAAUUGAGCUCUGUAAAGCAGAAAUUAAAUCAUUGAAAUUCCAAUGAAGUACAGAAGUCAGAAUUUGAUUAGAUUUUCUAGAUAGGAAGAUAUUUUGACCAAUGAAAAGUAUUGCCUCAAAAGUAUCAACUUAAAACUUUUGAAACAAGGGUUUUCAUUGAUCAAAACAUGUUCCUGAUCUCAUUAAGAAUUUAAUCCAAUUUAAUUUUGUCACCUACCAUUGUGUCCAAUGCAUUUACAGCUAGGAGACAUUGUUAUUGAAUUUUGAUAGCAUCAGCAUCAAUUUGCACCAUUCCAAUUUUCAAUCAUCAGACAUCUGUGGUUCCUGCAACUUGGUGUUUUAUGACAUACCCCCAUGAAAUUUGCUUGUAUCACAUAAGGGGUGAUGUCAUAAAGCACUUAUUUUUAGUAGAAUUGCUAAAACCUCUGAUGUCGGAUUGAAAAUUGGAAUGGCGCAAAUUGAUACGAUCAUUGUCCUCGAUACACAUACAAAGUUUAGAAAAAUUCUUUACAAUCCCUUUAAUUUUGAAUACUGCUUAUGAAAUAGUACAGAAUAAAAAAGUUUAGUGAUAUAAUAUUAAUUGUAUUAUGGUUUAAGAUUGUAAGGUAGAAAAGAUUUAUUAUUUUAAGAGUGCUCAUUUUUUAAAAAUUUCUGACACAGAAUAUUAAUAUUUAAGAAUGAAAUAAAUUAAGGAUUAUUUAAAGUUUUUGUGUUAGACUUGUUAAAGAUAUGUUGUAAUAUGUAGGUAUAUAUACACGUACUAUCUCUGUCUUUAAAAUCAAUUACAGUUAAAGUGUUAUGCUCCAUCUGCUAGAAUUGGAUGCUUUUUUGUAUUUUUUUGUCAAUUACAACAAAGGUAUAAUACUUGUUGAAAUUUUCUUUAUUGAAAACUUUACUUAAAGUAAGAUACAUACAAUCAUUAUUUGGAACUAUAGCGGCUGGGAUAGAAACAUUCAUGUGGUAUGCGCUAUUUCAAAAUGUCCAUACAGAAUUCAAACUCUUCAGAUAGUAUGCUUAACCUACAAAUCAGCUUUUGUUGUGUUAGUGUUAACAAUUUUAACCUACUUUUAACAUUUUAACCUCAUUCUUAAAUAGCUUUCAUAAUUUAUGAUUAUAAUUUUAAUAAUUAUAUCACCUUUUUAAACUUCAAAAUGUAUAGAAACAUAAAAUAAAUAAUGUAUGUCCUUAAAUUGUUUUUUUGUUUUUUUUUUUAGCAAUGUUAUGCGUGUCAGUGUUUUUUGGGGUUUGUUUGUUUGGUACCUUAGACUAAUAUUUCCUUUUAUUUUCUUGACAAGAUCUAAUACUUUUAUUAUGAGUAUGAAUAGGUUGAUUUUAUCCAGUGAGAUGGGUUACAAAUUAAAUCCUAAUACAUUUAUAGGUUGGUUCUGAUACAUGUAUAUAAAAGAAUAUUAAAUGG